CCCGGGAGACAGAGAGGCCGGAAGUGCGGCAAGCCCGGGCCGCGCUGGUCGCGCGGGCGGGGAAACGCCUUGAUCUCCCUUCGGUCCUUUACUUGCGGCCUCUGGGCAAAGCAGAUGGACCCUGGAAAGAACGAGGAGGGGGUGCCACAACCUGCGGGGCCGCCCACAAAGAAGAAAUUUGUCAUACCUCUGGACGAGGAUGAGGUCCCUCCUGCAGGGGCCAAGCUCUUAUUCAAAUCCACACGGAGCCUUGCCACCGUGGAGACCUCGGCCCAGGCAGCCCCUCAGACCUACGCCGAAUAUGCCAUCUCACGGCCUCCAGGAGGAGCUGAAGCCACGUGCCCCACAGAGUCAGAACCCCAGCAAGGAGAGACCCCCAACCAGGCUCUGAAACCCGGGGCAAAAUCCAACAGCAUUAUUGUGAGCCCCCGGCAGAGGGGCAACCCCGUGCUGAAGUUUGUGCGCAAUGUGCCCUGGGAGUUUGGUGAUGUAAUCCCCGACUAUGUGCUGGGCCAGAGCACCUGUGCUCUCUUCCUCAGCCUCCGCUACCACAACCUCCACCCAGACUACAUCCAUGAGCGGCUGCAGAGCUUGGGGAAGAACUUCGCCCUGCGGGUCCUGCUCGUCCAGGUGGAUGUGAAGGAUCCUCAGCAGGCACUCAAGGAGCUGGCUAAGAUGUGCAUCCUGGCCGACUGCACACUGGUCCUUGCCUGGAGCCCCGAGGAAGCUGGGCGCUACCUGGAGACCUACAAGGCCUAUGAGCAGAAGCCAGCAGACAUCCUGAUGGAGAAGCUGGAGCAAGACUUUGUCUCCCGGGUAACUGAAUGUCUGACCACCGUGAAGUCAGUCAACAAAACGGACUGUCAGACCCUCCUGGCCACUUUUGGAUCUCUGGAACAGCUCAUAACUGCAUCGCGGGAGGAUUUGGCCUUGUGCCCAGGCCUGGGUCCCCAGAAGGCCCGGAGGCUGUUUGAUGUCCUACAUGAGCCCUUCUUGAAAGUGCCCUGAUGACCUCCGCUGCCAAGGAGUCCCCCGUGUAAUAAUAAAGCAUUUUUGCAGU